CAGACGCUCAUGCUCUGUGGCUGGAAUCUCUUCUUUCCAGUCUGCCUCAACACAUCGACGUCUCCACUCGCCCAUUCUCUGGAUUUUUAUGCCUCGUUCACACCUUAGAACAACAUCGUGGGCUACCGACAAAGCCCAAAUAGAAAGGAUGCACCAGCUUGGACUCAGCCCUCUGCGAUGCUACUAGACAACGAGGAUGGGUCAGAGAAAGAAAUUACGCUGGUGAGGCAAACAAGCUGUGAGCCAAUCCUUAAACACAGCCGCUGCUCCAUCGACUGAACCAGCCAUGCCCCUCCUACCCUCCUGAUCCUCCACCCUGACCUCUGCACCUACCCUUGGAUAAACCUAAAGCGGCCCCCGGCGACUCCUCGUCAAGUCAGCAUGGCUACACCGUUCCUGUGGAAGCUGUCGUCCCAGAAGCUUGGCUUCUUCCUGGUCAGCUUCGGGUUCAUCUGGGGCAUGAUGCUGCUGCACUUUACCAUCCAGCAGCGAGCCAGCCAUGAAAACAGCGCCGUACUGAGGCAACAGAUCCUGGACCUCAGCAAGCGCUACAUCAAGGCCCUGGCUGAGGAGAAUCAGAGUGUCAUGGACGGGCCCUAUGUGGGUACUAUGACGGCUUAUGACUUGAAGAAGACCCUCGCGGUGUUGCUGGAUAACAUCAUGCUGAGGCUGGGCAAGCUAGAGUCCAAGGUGGAAAACAUUUACAAUGGCACGGGGGGCAAUCUGACCAACGGCACCAGCACGGCCACACCCAGUGCUACCAACCCUGAAAAAGUCAACGUGGCAGACCUCCUAAACGGAGCCCAGGAGAAGUGCGAGCUGCCGCCCAUGGAUGGUUUUCCUCACUGCGAGGGCAAGGUCAAGUGGAUGAAGGAGAUGUGGCGCUCAGACUCCUGCUACGGCAACUACGGCGUUGAUGGUUCCACCUGCUCUUUCUUCAUCUACCUCAGCGAGGUGGAGAACUGGUGUCCUCGCCUUCCCUGGAGGACAAAGACCAUAGCCCAAGAAAUCGACAGGAGAGGACAGGCCGAGAUCCGCACCAGCUUCAACGAGCUCUACCGCGUGAUGUCACAGCGCGAGGAGUUCCGCUGGAUGAUGCUGAGGAUCAAGCGCAUGGCUGAGCCGUGGGUCAGUGCCAUCCGCUCGCUGGCUGCCAAGCAGAACCUGGCCAGGCGACGGAGGAAGAAGAAGGUCCUGGUGCAUCUGGGCCUGCUCACCAAGGAGUCGGGCUUCAAGAUCGCAGAAAACGCCUUCAGCGGCGGCCCAUUGGGAGAGCUGGUCCAAUGGAGCGACCUCAUAACGACGCUGUACCUGCUGGGUCACGAUGUUCGCAUCUCGGCCUCGCUGGCUGAGCUCAAAGAGAUCAUGCGCAAGGUCAUGGGGAACAAGUCCAGCUGCCCGACCCAGGGCGACAAAAUCGUGGAGCUCAUCUACAUCGACAUUGUAGGCCUCACCCAGUUUAAGAAGACACUGGGACCUGCCUGGGUCCACUACCAGUGCAUGUUGCGGGUGCUGGAUUCAUUCGGAACGGAGCCAGAGUUCAACCAUGCCCACUACGCCCAGUCCAAGGGUCACAAGACGCCCUGGGGGAAGUGGAACCUCAACCCGCAGCAGUUCAACACCAUGUUUCCUCACACCCCAGACAACAGUUUCCUGGGCUUUGUAGUGGAGCAGCACCUCAACGCCAGCGACAUCAGGCACAUCGACGACAUCAAGAGGCAGAACCAGUCGCUCGUCUACGGGAAGGUCGACAACUUCUGGAAGGACAAAAAGAAAUACCUGGACAUCAUCCACAGCUACAUGGAGGUCCACGGCACCGUUCAUGGCACCAGCACUGUGCACCUCCCAAGCUACGUCAAGAACCACGGCAUCCUGAGCGGCCGAGACCUGCAGUUCCUCCUCCGAGAAACCAAGUUGUUUGUGGGCCUUUCCUUCCCCUACGAGGGUCCCGCCCCCCUGGAGGCCAUCGCCAACGGCUGCGCUUUCCUCAACCCCAAAUUCAACCCGCCCAAAAGCAGCAAGAACACCGACUUCUUCAAGGGCAAACCCACGCUGAGAGAGCUGACCUCUCAACAUCCGUACGCUGAGGUGUAUAUCGGUCAACCGCACGUGUGGACGGUGGAUAUCGAGAACUCUGCAGAAGUGGAGAAGGCCAUCCGCUCCAUCCUCAGCCAGAAGAUUGAGCCCUACCUGCCUUAUGAGUUCACCUGUGAGGGGAUGCUGCAGAGAGUCGACGCCUUCAUCGAGAACCAGGACUUCUGCCACGGUCAGGUGAUGUGGCCUCCGCUCAGCGCUCUGCAGGUGAAGCUGGCCGAUCCCGGGCGCUCCUGUAAGCAGGUGUGUCAGGAGGAGCAGCUCAUCUGUGAGCCAUCCUUCUUCCAACACCUCAACAAGGACAAGGACUUGGCCAGGUUCGGUGUGGACUGUCAGACAGUGGAGUCCAGCUCGGACACGGUGGUCCCGGCCUACAGCGAGGCUCGUCGCCACUGCAUCUUCCAGUCGGACCUUCUGCUGUUCAGCUGCGCGGGCGCCCACCAGUCACUGCAGCGCGUCUGCCCCUGCCGCGACUACAUGAAGGGCCAGGUGGCGCUGUGCAAAGACUGCCUAUAGCAGGGACGCACACGCUGCUGAUGGGAGGGGGCGGGGCCUGACAGAGGGGGUGGAGCAUCAUUUCAUGGAGUUAAAAAAGGAGCAGCUUAACGAGUGUGUUUGAGAGACAUGGACACACACUCCAUGGGCAUCAUGCAGCUGUCAAUCAAACACAUGACAGAGGUUUUUUUUUGUCUGGAUAGAGAAAAAAACAUUCACACGACUGCAGGUGUUUGUCAUAUUUAUUGUUUUUGUGAAACAGUCCUGCAGCCAAACUGGAGCACCCCUCUGAUUCACCAGCGGGGGGCGCUGCGAGUCCUGGAAGCAGAGGAACUUUACUUGAAUCAACAAAGGGAGUCACCUCAGACGAUUUAAACCCUGACCCCGCCCCCCUUCACUCCUCCCUCUCUAUCCACCUCCUCCUGGAAUAAUAUCUAGACUGUUUAUUCUUUAAGUAGGUUUGCACUGGACUGUCAUGCCUGGAGGCUCGAACCCC